AUGAAACAGUCAAUUCUAUCAAAACGGGAAGCCAAUUAUGAUCUUUUUGAUCUGAAAAUCAGGGCAAAAUCAGUCUGCUGGUUUUUGGUUGGACAGGUUGGGAAAGAGCUUCUGGAGACUCUUGCGUUGUUUGAUUCCAACGUUUUGAGAAGAGUAUGUAUCACAGAGUCGAUUUCUCUUAAAGUCUUUGAGAAACUAGUGAGAACCGAACAUUGGCGAAACUUGGAACGAGUUAUGUUUGUGAGCCGUAUGGAUGUUUCAAUAGACUAUUUUCUGCAUUUGGGGAGAUACGAUAUCAAAUUGAAAGAACUGAAGGCGACAGAUGUUUGGAGAGCUGUGCAGAAGAUGCUCUUCAAUGACUCUCCUCGCCUCUCUGGAUUCACCAUUUUCUACAGUAAUACUCUUACAGUUGAAGAGAUAUUCAAACACACAAUCAUCCCGAUGACUGAUGAACCACUCAAGGAAACUUGGCUCACUGCUCAACAUACUCAACGAUUCAGAAUGACUAUUGGUGUCCAUAUAUUCGUCCUCCUUUUUCUAGACGGAUGGAUUCAAGGAUUUGUUGGGAGAGUGAUUGAUAUUAAUCAAGAAUAUUCGCGGUUUAUGAACAAUUUUUUCUGA